AACAGUUUUCGUUUCUCUUUGGCGUUGACAGCAUGAGUUUGGUUAUAGAUCUGGCUGAUUGGGAGUCAAUGGAAAGUGAUGAAGAUAAUGAGAUCAUCAAAAAGCGUGUGAUAGAACAGGAUGAACGUGAUAGACUUUCUAAUUUAUAUGGUCAUGCUUUUGAAUUUGACGAUGAAUAUAACUUCUUUACUACUGAUGAUGAGUGUGAUCCUGAGGAAAAAUUAGAGGCGUCAGGAAAAAUAACUGAUGGAGCUUCAGAAAAGAAAUGCAGCGAGGAAAAGGUAUCUGAAGGAGAUGUAGAGCCUAUGGAGGAGGUUAUGUCAACUGAGAUGGAGAAAAAGAAGGAGAAGCGCAAGUCCGAAGUGGAUGGCAUCGAAUUACAGCUGAACAAUGGCAUCGAAAAAGCCAUUGAAGUGAAAAAGAAAAAGAAGUCUGCAAGCAUAAGUGAGGUUUGAGUAGGUUUAUACUAAUAAAAAAUGUUUUUAUAUCUCUUCCACUUGCGAGGGUAAGCAUAAUACAUCACAUUCUGGUAUCUGAUGGAGUUAAAAUAAAGAAUUUGUCCACUAUGUAACAGAAGAAUAAACCCAAAAGAGUCUCAAGUUGAGUAUUAUAUAUAUUAAUUUGCUGAGAGACAUAUAUGUGUGUGCCUACAUUUAGUCUUUCUUUGUUGCUUAAGAAGAAAAAGAAAGAAUUAUGGUGGAUUCAGGUAGUGUGUCGGCAAACAUUGUCCGCUUCACAGUUCAAGUUCUUCGAGGCAGAUGGUUCAUGCUUUUUGCCGCUCUCCUCCUCAUGGGUAGUACUGGUGGAGCUUAUAUUUUCGGAAUUUACUCCAAAGAAAUAAAGAAAACUCUCGGGUACGACCAGACAACUCUCAACACGCUUGGUUUCUUCAAAGACCUUGGAAGUACUAUUGGGAUUUUCUCUGGUCUUAUUGCUGAAGUGACUCCAAAUUGGUUUGUUCUGCUUCUUGGUGCAUCCUUGAACUUUGUUGGAUACUUCAUGGCGUGGAUUAGUAUUAGCGGCCGCAUUUCCAAGCCCCACAUUUGGCAGAUGUGCUUGUACAUUUGCCUUGGUGCUAAUUCUCAAAAUUUUACCCUCACUAGUGUUACAGUCACUUCUGUAAAGAACUUUCCAGACAACCGAGGAACCCUGAUAGGUCUGCUAAAGGGAUUCACUGGCCUCAGCGGAGCUGUCAUGACCCAGCUUUACCUUGCCAUCUAUGGUAACGACUCUAAAUCUCUAAUCCUCUUCAUUGCUUGGCUACCUGCUGUUAUAUCUAUCUUUUUCCUCUAUGCAAUCCGUUUGAUUAAACUCAGUCGGCAGUCAAAGGUCGAAAAGAGAGUUAUAUACAAGUAUCUCUGGAUAUCCGUUGUGUUAGCUCUAUUCAUAAUGGUUAUUACCAUAACUCAGAAACAAAAGACCUUCUCCCAUUCCGGCUAUGUAGUAACUGCAACUAUUGUGUGCAUUUUACUUCUAACUCCUCUGUCUAUAACAAUUAAAGAAGAGCUUGUAAUCUGGAAUCUAAUGAAGAAAGACCUUGCACCAGAGAUGAUAACUGUAGAAACUCCAUCUCUUGUGAACCCAAUUCCUCAGCCAUUAAACACGACACCAUCAAUGGAAGAAGAGAACCAAAAACCAAAAAUUUCUUGUUUUACAGAUGUUUUCAAACCCCGGCCGGAGAGGGGAGAAGACUAUACCAUCUUGCAGGCAAUUCUGAGCAUUGACAUGUUAUUACUCGUUAUUGGGGGAUUCUGUGGACUCGGCACCAGUCUCACAGCGAUAGACAAUUUGGGUCAAAUCGGUGAAUCUCUUGGCUACCCAACACUUACGAUAAGCACAUUCAUAUCACUUAUGAGUAUUUGGAACUAUUUCGGAAGAGUUUGUAUCGGUUUGACCUCUGAAAUCCUGCUUACAAGGUGGAAAUUUCCAAGAACUCUGGUAAUGGCAAUCAUCCUUCUUUCUUCUUGUACCGGACACAUUCUUAUUGCCUUCCCAAUUCCUGGUUCUAUCUACAUUGCUUCAGUGAUCAUUGGUUUUUGUUAUGGUGCACACGUAACACUUAUUUUCACAAUCAUAUCCGAACUCUUUGGACUCAAGUAUUAUUCGACGUUGUACAAUUGUGGGAUAUUAGCGAUGCCUCUCGGAUCCUAUGUAUUCAAUGUAAGAGUUGCAGGUUUCCUUUAUGACAGAGAGGCAUUAAAGCAAUUGAAUGUAUUAGGACUUGGAAGGGAUAUCGGGAAGGAGUUGACAUGUAUUGGAAAACACUGUUACAGGUUAUGUUUUAUUAUAUUAGCAGCAGCAGCAUUUAUUGGAGCUCUAAGUUCCUUCGUUCUGUUUAUUAGGACAAGAAGAUUCUAUCAGGGAGAUAUUUACAAAAAUUUCAGACAGGAGACAACCAUGGCCAAUACAGAAGCCAAAACUACAGAGCUGGUUUCGCCGGUUACUGUACUGAAAAAGUAAGGAAUAAGAUUCUUGAGUGACAGCGUCAGAUUCAAGUAUUUCAUCUUUAAAGGUGACUUAGUUGUACUUUAAUUUUCCUGCUGCAUCUGUGCUAUGAUAUGCUUGGCGUUUCGCAAAUUCUGUUUGCAGUCCAUGUUAUGGAAAGACACAUUGCUUUUGCUGAUUCGCAUUAACAAUGAUAUCAGA